AUGUCGGAUCAAUACUCUGGACUGCAAGCGAGAAUUAAACAAGUCAACAACUUAGUUGAGUGGGUUCCUUGUGCUGCCCAUUUGUUGAAGCUUGAAGCGUCACGCGCUGCAGAAUGUUGUCCCCAGGCUGUAUCCUUUUUUGGAUUAAUACAAAGUAUAUACACAUUUUGUUCAGCCUCUACUGGUCAAUGGACAAAGAUGAUAAGUAAUUUAACGACAGGCGCAGUCGUUUUGAAAAGAGCAGCUGAUACAAGAUGGUCCUCCCACUAUGAUGCCUGUCACGCUUUUGCAGCGAGCCACAAAAUAAUUCGGGAUACACUUAGUCAAAUUGCUUCCGAUAUGUCCGAAAUGCCGUCAAAACGACAUGAAGCCAAAUCAUACAACAAAAAGAUGCAAGAACGGGAAACUGACAAUAUGUCUUUACGAUGGGGGGACAUAAUUGUCUACUUUCACAAGAUCAGCAGGACAUGUCAGACUCCUGUAAUAAAACUAGAUAUCGUUGUCCAGUCGUACUUGUCACUAACGUCGUUUUUCAAAGACAUGCGCGGCAGAUUUCAACAUUAUGAACAAGGUGCCAAAACGAUGGUUGAAAAUGAUUGCUAUUGCGCAGAUACACGAAGAAAAUGUUCAUUGGUAUCUUUUCACGACGACAGUAAAUCAGCUGCAGUAGCUCUCAGACAGGCACGGAUUAGAAGUGAGCAUGGAAACGGGAAUUGCGAAAAUCCCAAGGUUUCCAUGAAAUUCCCGUGGAAAUUGGUAAAAACAAAUUUUCGGGAAUGUUUAUUUUAG